AUGGCUUUACGUAACCAGCAAACAACCGAAUAUCCUGCCUUUAAACUUGUCAUUAUUGGUGAUGGAGGCACAGGAAAAACCACUUUGAUCAAGAGACAUCUAACCGGUGAAUUUGAGAAGAAGUAUGAACGUAACGUCCGUAGUCACUGUGCGAUCAUUAUGUUUGAUGUUACAUCACGGCUCACAUACAAACACGUUUCGACAUGGCACACUGAACUCUGCUGGAUUCGUCCAGACAUCCCCAUUGUUCUGUGCGGGAACAAAGUUGAUGCAAGGGAUCGGCAAGUGACAGCGAGAGAGAUUACGUUCCGGAGAAGGAACAAUAUGCAUUACUAUGAGAUAUCUGCAAAGAGCAACUACAAUCUUGAGAAGCCAUUCUUGUAUUUUGCGAGAAGACUUCUUGGAGAACCAAACCUUCACUUUGUGGAAUCACCAGCUCCUCUUCCACCACAAGUGCACAUUGACACUGCUGCUCAUGAUAAGAACGAGGCUGAGCUCGCAGUGGCUGCAAGUCAGCCACUCCCCGAUGAUGAUGACGCCGCCUUUGAGUAA